AUUUGCCUUUAAAUCAUUGUGUAACUGUAGAAGGUCUUAUAUUAGCAAACUCUAGAGACAAGUGCCAUUUUUUAAAUAAAUAAGUUAUAGCUUAGUGUGAAGAAAGGAAGGAAAGAAGGAAGGAAGGAAGGAAGAAAAAGAAAAGCUUUGAGAACAGAGUGUCCUGAGAGUCAACAUAUUGUGGAGGCAGAACCUUUAAAGCAGAAAGUACAGUUCUGUUGACACUGAAGACGCCUCAGCCUGUGUGUGUACUGGAAAUCGCUGACCGCUUAAAUGGAUCGCAUGGAACUGCGAAAAGUCAACAUAGAACUUGAUGAGGAGAGCAACAGUGGAGAAAGCACUGAAGACAACUACACUGAGAUGGUAGAUCCAGAGAAGGCUACUAUUAGCAGUCAGUUUGUUGGUGAUGAUGCAGAAAGUCAGAAGUUCCUUACCAAUGGAUUUCUGAGUAAAAAGAAAUUAGAAGACUAUACGGAUGAAUAUCAUCCAGGAAAUACUUCAUUUGGAAUGUCAGCAUUUAAUCUGAGCAAUGCCAUCAUGGGCAGUGGCAUCUUAGGGCUGUCCUAUGCAAUGGCCAACACUGGAAUUGUACUUUUCAUAAUCUUACUGUUCAGCGUAGCCAUAAUGUCUCUCUAUUCGGUUCACCUGUUACUGAAGACAGCCAAAGAAGGAGGCUCACUAAUAUAUGAAAAAUUGGGUGAAAAGGCAUUUGGAUGGCCUGGAAAAAUUGGUGCUUUUAUUUCUCUUACAAUGCAAAAUAUUGGAGCAAUGUCAAGCUACCUCUUUAUUAUUAAGUAUGAACUUCCAGAAGUAAUCAGAGCAUUUCUGGGGCUUGAAGAAAAUUCUGGAGAAUGGUAUCUCAAUGGAAACUACCUCGUGAUAUUUGUGAGCAUUGGAGUUAUUCUUCCACUUUCACUUCUAAAAAAUUUAGGAUAUCUUGGUUAUACAAGUGGGUUUUCACUUACCUGCAUGGUCUUUUUUCUGAGCGUGGUAAUCUACAAGAAAUCUCAAAUACCCUGCCCUCUCCCACUCCUGGACAAUUAUGCUGGCAACUGGUCAUACAAUGACACCACAGUUCCGAUACAUGUAGUGAUGUUGCCAAAUGAUUCUGCCAAUUCAGGAGUAAAUUUUAUGAUGGACAGCACCAACAGGCAUUAUUCGGGUUUUGAAGAAAGCAGUGAUAAGCUACAUCGAAGUGGAGUAGAAUAUGAAGCUCACAGAGAGGAAGAUGACAAGUGCCAACCCAAAUAUUUUGUGUUUAACUCACGGACUGCCUAUACAUUACCUAUCCUGGCAUUUGCAUUUGUGUGCCACCCUGAAGUCCUACCCAUAUACAGCGAACUUAAAAACCGAUCACGAAAACGGAUGCAAAUUGUUUCCAAUGUCUCCAUCACUGGGAUGCUUAUCAUGUAUCUACUUGCUGCACUGUUUGGCUACCUUACAUUCUAUGGAGAAGUUGAAGAUGAGCUGCUUCAUACUUACACCAAAGUGCACACUUUUGACACCCUGCUCUUGAUGGUUCGCCUUGCAGUACUUGUGGCUGUAACCCUAACUGUGCCGAUAGUCCUAUUCCCUAUUCGUACAUCAGUUUCAACACUUCUAUUCUCCAAAAGACCUUUCAGUUGGAUAAGACAUUUCCUGAUUGCUGCAAUAAUUCUUGCAUUGAAUAACAUCUUAGUAAUUUUUGUCCCAACUAUUAGAGACAUUUUUGGAUUCAUAGGUGCCUCUGCUGCCACAAUGCUAAUCUUCAUUCUUCCUGCUGCCUUUUACCUUCGGAUUGUCAAGAAAGAGCCCCUGAGGUCACCUCAGAAGAUUGGAGCCCUUAUUUUCCUCAUUGUUGGCAUAAUCUUCAUGUUUGGAAGUAUGGCUCUAAUUCUCCUGGACUGGAUUUACAACUCUCCAGGUUCUAAACAACAUUAAUCUUAAAGAAAGUUGAAAGUAUUUUUUUUCCCCUUUUCUACUGGAGACGGUUGAAUGCCAUCAUCCAAAAAAGACUUUUGACAAGUAGAAGAGGAUAUUACUUCUUAUCAAUAACUGGAAAAUUCCAAAGACUUUACUAGUACUGCCACUAGGAACCUAUGGAAUAUUAAAGUGCCCUUUUAUAAGGGAUAGUUAUUUAUGAAUCAAAGCCUGUGCCAAACGUUUCUGGUAUAUGAUGAAAUGAAAUGUGCUGGUGGAGGAAUAGAGUUAAUUAUGUAUUUAGUCCUCAAAACAGACUGUUACUGUUAUUAUUGUUUUGAUAACCACAGUUUCUAGAAUAUUGGAAGACAAUAUAGAAGUUCAAAGGUUAUCCUAGUGCCUUUUUAAAUGGCCUGUGUGUAGGGCCUAUUGUGUAAUAUAUUAUACCCCAUUUUGAAAUGCUGGAAUAUUUAUAAGUUGUCUGAAAGUCGAGAUCAUUAAAAUCUCGAGUGCAGUUGCCAAAUUUAGCAUGUAUAUAUGUAUGUAUAGUGUAUAUAAAUAAACAGAAGGAAAAAGAAAAUAAAUUAAUUUUUAAAAUGACUGUCCAUAAAGUUAACAAGUACAAUCAAAUCAGGGUUUUACACAAGUUGUGAGCACCGGAAGUACUUUACUUUUAAGAAAUAAAUUACUAUAACGACUGUUAUAUCACAGGAAUAUUCAGCAGUAAAGGUGCACUAAAUUGAUACAUUAUUUGUCAUACAAACUUUCAACAAUCUUUCCAAUAUAUGUUUUAUCUGUUACAAGAAUUCAUCGCCACUGGUUUCUAGGGACUUUCAGGCCCAUCACUAGUAGCAGUUUGCCAUUGUUAUCACAAAAAGUAGCCAUGCCAAUAAAAUAACUUCUUGCCAUAAGUGAUUUUGAGAUCUGUUCCAGUUGGCAACACUACACUCAAGAGAAUCUGGGCCAGCCAUUCAGUAAAGCUGGGCCUUCAGUUUAAUGCUAUCAAGCUACAGCUUUAUGCCUACCUGUUGUGCCCAUCAUUGGAAAACUAGCAUUAAAAGCCCUUUAAGGGAUGAUACAAAUGUUAUGUAACUGAAAACAGUCUCUUUAUGAAUAAUCCUAAUCCCCGCUAUAUAAUUUAGAAAUCAUUAUAAAGGAUUAACAAUAAACCUUCUACAUCAACCCUCUACAGCUCUCUACAUCAACUCUCUCCAUCAACCCUCAACUCUGAAGUGAGCAAUUCUAACUCUUACGGCUAGCAGGGCUCACUUUUCACAAGGAGACUGGUUGUGGUGGAGCACCCAUGAGAAACACAACAUAUAAACCAGCCUGGAGUCUGAUCCUGCAAAUACACAUCUGUUUAGAUUUAAAACACUGAACAAGCUGGGUCUUUGUUAAUGAUUUGUCUUCCACUAUAACUCAGAAGGAUGUAAGGAGAUCACAAGGAAUGUGAAAGCAUACUAGCCAGUAUUGUUUAAUGGAUUUUUCUUUGAUAAACCGUUGGUGCAGUAAUGUGAUCGUUGCUAUGUACUAUAUAUUUAUGUAUAUAAUCAUAUUCUCUAUCAGAAUAUUCAUGUAUGAUACAGUGUUUUUGAUUUUUAUAUAUUUGUUUGUGUGGUUGUUAUUUGUUCUCAUAGAUUCAAGUUUUUUACCAUCUUGAAGGAAAGAAGUUGCUUUGGUGGGACUCAAAAAGGCUGAACCCCACCAAAGCAAACAAAUAACAACUAGAUAUCACUUUAUAUAUCCGUGCCUGAAAUGUAUCUGUGAAACUCCAAAAGAUCACCCAAGUGGAAAUGAGACAGCCAAAUGUUACCAAAGGGAGUUACAAUAAACUUCAAGACUGCAGGGUUAUUCCCUGCUUUUGUCAA